AUGUCGCAGCUUGCCAACACAGGCACCAAGCAGCCGCAGCCGGGUGAGCGGAUCCUGCUGUACCAGGCAGGUUGGCUACAACAAGUGGUAGAUGGCGAGAAGACCAUGGAGCCCGGCGGGGCUUGGCUCGGCAGCGAGGGUGUUAUUCGUGCUUGGGCACAUGUGGGAAAGGCUUUCCAGGUAGAGGACAUCGAGGAGUUGCGUGACUAUGGGCCAGAGCAUCGGUACGAAUGCACACAACUCCCGUAUCGCCGAACUUUCUUGUGGCCACUGGAGGGCGUGCGGGUUCUCCGAGCCCGUCCCAUACCAGCGGAAAAGCGGACCGACGACCUGGCUCCCGUUCCAGGAGCCCUCUUCAACACAGCAGCCUGGCGCCGAGCGAUGCGCGCCUCAGAGAACGCGGUGGCUCAGCAAUUGAGUCAGGUCCUGACGGACAUGAUGAAUGCUGCUCGUGGUGGCAGGUGCGUGGAGCCAAAGUGCAUCCUGCGGCAAUGGUAUCGUGGGGUGCAGGAGGACAGCUCAGAAUUUCUCAACCAGAUCUUGAGUGAGGCUGGGUUGGACACGGCGACAGCAGGAACAGAACAGUUCCAAGUGCAGUGUCGCGAAUGCGGCGCGGAGGUUGCAAGUGGGGUGGCAACGCCGAUGUCGCAGGCACUCAUGCCCAUUCCGGGCAAGAGUGAGGAUGUGCAGUUGCAGGAAGUGGUCGAUGAGUAUCUGGCCAACCAGGAGGCACCGGAGGACCUGCACGUGAACGGUGAAGCAUGGCAAUGUCCAGAAUGUGCCAGCCGCGUAGCACCAUGGCGUCGGCUUCGCAUCCUGCGGUCGCCGGAGAUCCUGGUGGUUACCCUAAAACGGUGGGAUACCGAGCUGGUGGAGGGCUGCUAUGUGGAAAAGAAGAAUGGGCAGCGUGUGGAGGUAUCAGGUCGUGUCUUCGUGCAAGGCGAAGAGUACCAUGUCAGCAGCCUGGUGCACCAUGUCGGCGAAAGCACGACUUCAGGUCACUACUAUGCCCUCCUUUGCCGCGGCCACCCGUGCUGGGUGCUCUACGACGACACAGGCAUGCGAGAUACUGAUGUCAAUUCCCACUCACAGAACCUGUACGUAGCAGUCCUGGAGAGGGUCCACGGUGGCACAGCAAGUCCAUGUGAAAACGUGCCGGCCACACAGGUGGAUGGCGGCACAUCAGCAGAAGCGGGGAUCAUCAGUGUCGAGAAUGCGGUGGUCAGACCUGAGCAAGCCGAGAACCGCUUCGGCGCAGGGAAGGCAGCGCAGGCUGCGAUUGCUGGCAAUGGUGACAACAAGAUCGAGGCAUCCGCAGCUGUUGGGAGCAGUGUCAGUGCCAGCAAGCAGAGUGACAGCCUAGAGCUGGAGAACUCGGGCAAAACUCUCAGCACAACGCCUGGAACGGAGACAGCUGCUGCUGGUGUUGGCGGAGCAGCGUGUCUAGAUGGACUGCUCCCCUCGGCUGCAAAGCCGUUGGAGUGCCUGUGCGAGGGAACGGAGUGGCUUGAGCAGGAUCCACAGCGUCAGUUCGAAGAAGAUGUGGUGAGGUUUCUGAGGGCAGCUUGCGAGGGACCAGUUUCGGAGGCGCUGGCUGGUGUGCCACCUCGCAGCGACCAUGUGGAUCAGUUAAGCCUGCAGCAAUGCUUGUCGCGUUUGGCGGCUGGCCUGCGGGGCGUCCGGGAAGGUGCCCUGACAGCAGCAGAGGAGGUGGAUGUGUGCACUCCAUUGUGGUGGAGCACAGACUACCGGCUCUCCGUCUUCAUGGAAGCCUUCGGACGAGUCGUGGCACUUUCGCCAGACAUGCUUUUGGAGACCUUCAAAGCCUUUGCGUCGUCAUUGCUGCAUCGCAAGCUGUGUGUCGAAUGGAGUGACUACACUUUGUCGCAUCGAUACUGGGCCCAAGUAGUGACCGACAUCGGCACCGGAAAGUCGCCGGUGCUGAAAACGGUGCGGGAAGCCUUCGCCCGCGCACUCGUGCCAUGGCAGCAUCCGCAGAGCGCAGACAAGGAGGAAGAUUGCGCAGGUGUGAGUGUUGCUGAAGCCCAUGGCGACGUGGCGCAGUGGAUGGCUGGUCCUCCUGAGUGCGAACAUCAUGUGGUGACGGAGUCCACCCACGCAGCUUUCAACGCGCGCUUGCAGCAAAACGAUGGACACGCUCUGAUAUUCGGUGCCGAAGGAUCGGCUUUCUUGUGUCCAGAGUAUGCGAAGUCCGGCAAGUUCACGAAAGACACGCACAUAGUCUUGACACGGCUGCUGGAGGCGGCACAUGGGGGUCGGUAUGACUGGGACACCCAGGCCGAUGUACUGGCCCGCCCGACCAAGGCACGGAAGAUAGCAGGGCACGAAGACAGGCAGGACUGUGGGGUGCACUUCGAGUGCACGAACAUUGGAAUGGUACUCUUGCAGCAGCCUUCGGUCCUGGGCACGUGGUGGGCACCGAGUGAAGCACGGCACAAGAUCGGUUGCGUCUUUUCAGCAGCUCGCCGAGGAAGUCAGCUGUCCUACCCCAAGGGCCUCCGCGACAAGUUCGUUGAUUUCAUGGGGCAGUUGUUCCGGCAAUUGGUACUGCAUGUCGGCCAUAAGGUGCCUCUGAUCGGUAGGGACCUCGUAUGGAAGCUUGACGAUGCAGCGAAGGCUGCGCUGGAGGAGGCACGCGGGGCCAUGCACGAGGCUUCGCAAGAUGCUUUUUAUUCCGACGGCGGCACCGUCAAUAGCAUGCUGGAGAAGUUGUCGUACUUCUGGACCCACGAAGGUCUGCUGACGAGCUUGGUGCAGGAGGCAAUUGCUGGCCUCACAGAGAAGCGACCGUGUGACUUCUCGGACCGCAGAAUUGAUGCCCACGCUGCAAAGCUGGCUUUGGAGUGGACCCAUUGCCGGCUGGCGAGGGGCUUCAACAUGUUGGAUGUGGACAUCAGUCGCGCAAGCUGGCGCGCGAGAGAAGGUGCAGGUGUGCGGCGUUCAGUGGGUCCCUACAAGGAGGUGGUCUCCGGCGCAGACGUCGCCGUGAAGCUUCUGCGUGCAUCACCCGGUGCAAGAGUUUUCGCGGACAGUGCCGGCCGGUACGUGCCCAUGUACCGGCAUGUCUACAGCGAGGACAAGGCCAAGCGCGAGGACGCGUACAGGAAGCUGCUCUCGACUUGCCAACACCUCGAGCGGCACGGAAUAGGCAUUAUGCGUGCAAGCCCCAAGGCAUGGCCAAUAUUCAUCAAACACCGGUGGACAAACAUGUCAGCGCAAGCACAAAGCACACUCCGCGCAUGGGGUGUUCCACUACACUUCUUCGAAGGCUUUUUGGAGUGUGUGUCACAAACUGCUUCAGGGCAAGACGAGCGGAGGAUCGUCCAGCAGGCCCGGCUGUCUCCCCAGGCGCCCAGCCCGAUGCCGACGCAGCCCUCGAGCCUUGCUGCAGCGGCGAAGGGCCGGCCUCAGUCGCAGCUCUCCAGCAAGACGGAUGAUUCAGGCAACCCAGACUACGAGAACAUCUACAGCGGUUUAGCAGAGGUGUUGCCCUCGAACCUCGCGGAUGCAACGAGUCUGGCUAGGCGCGUGUGCCAGAAGGCACGGAAGCCGUGCAGCAUUGCUUUUACAACAAAGCGGACAGUCACAGAAGGUGGCGAUGCGGCCUACAAGUUGUGGGGGGCCUGUGCUGAAUGUAAGCCUGGAUGCAGUUUCCGUGCCCGUGUGGCUGUAUGGAUAAGUGGUCCAGCCGAGGGGAAAGUGACCGUGGAUUGUCGUGGCCAGCACGACCGCAAAGCUUUAGCGCAAGGCGGUCGGCUACUUUCAGCAGAGGUGCAAGAUGUGGUGAACGACCAUGUUGACUCUGGAGCGCCUAUCACAACGCCGAGUUUGCGCGAAGCAUUGCGUCGUGCGGGCCUGGAGUUCAGCUGCGAUUCGGGGCAGCUACACAACCUGGUCAAGAGAUUGAGGCAGAAGCAUGGCACUGCCUCAAGUGCCAAGCCUGUUCCAAUUGAGGCCUUCUUGGCUGAGGUGAAGUCGUGGCAGGCUGAUUUGCCGAAGGACUUGUCUGCUGGAGACCUGUCACAGCUGCUGGUGUUGAAGUCACCUAAGGGAGUGGUCGUCGAGGAAGGCAGGGUCUACGUCCCGUUAUCGUGCCCUGGCAUGCUGCUGCGCUUGAAAGAUGCCGCAAAGCAUCGCAUUCGCCUCAUGGUUGAUAUGAAAAUGGGAGCUAUCGCUAACAACUAUGGUGUUGUGACCUUAUGCCUUGCGGCUCGCAGUCUACGUCCGUCCAACACAAGUGCUGCCAUGAUCGCAGGCAGACGCCAGCAGUACAAAGCUCACACGUCCAAUGCGCAGCCCGUCAUGCAAGCGAUUGUGAGCAGCGAGUCAGAGGAGAACUUGACGGCGAUUUUCGAGGAUCUCUGCUGGCUUUGCAAAGACAUCGCAAACUUUGACCUAAAGUCGCAGCUUGUCCAGGUGCAUGCCGACUAUGCGCCGGGCAUCGCUGCUGCGCGCCGCGCCGUGUUUCCAAAUGCGAGACUGGUGGGGGAUUACUUCCACUACAAGCAGGCUUUGGCCCGCACCCUCCCUAAGAAGUUUGGUCAGUCAGCAAAGAAGGCACCGGGCAGAAAGAAGCCGGAUCCAGCCGUGGCCAACGUCAUGACGCUGUCGGACAUGACGAGGUGCCUACCGACGUUGCAGCUGGCAGAUGCUAUCUGGCAGGUCAUCUUUGAGGAGCUGCCUGCAGACGUGGCCAAGUACCUUCAGCGUCAGUUCUUUGCGCAGGGCACUGUGCCGUACAUCCAGCGCGUCUUCAAAAGUGUCCGGGCUCCGGCACGCAGCGCCAAGAAACUUUGGGUGCCAAGUUUCUGGGUGGGCAUCCUCGGCACCAGCCCGGGCAGUGGCGGCGGUACAAACCCAUUAGAGGCACGACAUGCGUCGUGGGAGGCGGAAUUGAAAAGUCGCACCAAGGACGGGCUUUUGACAGCCCUGCGCGGCAUGCAGCACCUGUACUCGAAAUGGGUGACAGUCUUCGAGUGGGGCAAGCCUAUGCGAAUGUCCGCUUUCUCUGCUGACGAGAACGAGUAUUUGCUGAACAGUGCGAGCCUGCGGUCGCAAGGGCGCUCCCCAGCCAUAGACUAUUGGAAGGGGCGCCAGAACCAGAACUACAUCAAGCUUCGCAUUUGCACUGGAACGCCACAUGGGCCAAGCACGGCAGAGUCCGAGUACACCACAUUCUGGGUCAUGGCGUCGCCGACGGCGCCUGUAAACGAGGCAAGUCCACGGGCAGGGAAGGGACAUAUAUAG